AGGAAUAAAAUUGGCCAAUCGUCUGACGAGUAUCAGAGCCUGAUUGGGCCACGUACUCCGAUCUAGAAAACCAGUUUCGGAUUUCCACGAGCCCAACGGCGGUUUUCCUCCUCCGGCGAAGCGGUAUUGUAUUCUUUCCUUUUAUAGAGAUCUUUGUCGCCGAAUGCUGAUGUGAAUUCAAUUCGCUCAUCAGUACGGUUGCGCAGGCUUUCUUGCCAUUAGGGUUUACUGGUAUGGGGAGAGGGAAGAUCGUGAUAAGGAGAAUCGACAAUUCGACGAGCAGGCAGGUGACAUUCUCGAAGCGAAGGAAUGGUUUGCUGAAGAAGGCGAAGGAGUUAGCGAUACUGUGCGACGCCGAGGUUGGAGUAAUCGUCUUCUCCAGCACUGGUAAACUCUACGACUUCGCCAACACCAGUAUGAAAGCAGUGAUUGAUCGAUUCAACCAAACUAAAGAAGAUCAACAUCCUCACCUUGGGAGCUCAACGUCAGAAGUGAAGUUUUGGCAGAGGGAGGCAGCAAUGUUAAGGCAACAAUUGCAGAACUUACAAGAAAAUCACCGGCAAAUGAUGGGAGAAGAGCUUUCAAGUUUGACUGUAAAAGAAUUACAGGGUUUGGAAAGCCAAAUUGAAAUUAGCCUUCAGGGUGUCCGUAUGAAAAAGGACCAACUUUUAAUGAAUGAAAUACAGGAACUAAACCGAAAGGGUAGCCUUAUACACCAAGAAAAUGUGGAGCUUUAUAAGAAGGCCUAUGAAACAAGAUACGGGAACACAACAAACAGAAAUUCGGCUCUUCAAAAUGGUCUAGGCAUAGGAGAGGACUUGCAGGUUCCUGUAAAUCUCCGACUCAACCAGCCAGAGCAAUAAACCUAUGAAACUCCUUCC